AUGAACGUUGGAGAAGAUCGGGAAAUCGAGUUUCUUUUGCGUUUUUCUCUUCAAUCUCUGGCCGAUCAACGAAUUAAAUGCCCUGAAUCGUGGACGGUUUUACAGCUCAAACAACACAUCAACGAGACGUGUCCAUCCAAACCUGCCAUCUCUUUACAACGACUUAUUUAUUCUGGCCAUUUUCUCACUAAUGAACAAACUUUGAAGGAUGUGUUUAAAAGGAAUUUUACGGAAGCGGAUGAAGACCUGGGUCUUCAAGUUAUUCAUCUGGUGUGUUCUUCGCAAGCUAGUCCAAACACUAUUCCAGAAUCUUCGCGAAACUCUACUGAUAAUUUAAAGUAAGUUUCUUCAGUGCUUUAUGAAAAGUUUUAGGUAAUAAUCUUACCACUUUAUUUUCUAAAAUUAUAUUUUGUAACGUCAUUUUUGUUUUAUGUUUUGAACAUUUUAAAAUUAGUAAUUUUCAUUGUUAUUUCGGUACUAUUUUUACAUUUUAAAAUAUUUUAGUUUUAAAGUAUCAGUAUGCUUAUGUAAAUUUUUAUAUUUUAAUGUAGCUCAACCGAAUCACACACACACAUUAAUGUAGCUCAACCGAUAGCAUCGUUACCUGUACCUGAUGGAGUAGCACCGGGCCUUAACGCUGUUUACGCUCAAGCAUAUCAUGAUUAGUAAGUUAUUUGUUACCUAAAAGACAUACAUUUUGUUAUUUUAGUUUGAGGCAACACUAUGGCCAAGCACAAUUGACUAAUCGUAUCAGUCGUUUCUCAGUGGUAACCCGGGUUCAACAGAAUGUUGAAGAAGUGAAUGCUGAACAGGGUAUUGGGAAUAAUGCAGCUAAUCAAGAAAGACCAGACAUGCUGGAGCUCAUCUAUAAGAUCAUAAGGGUACUAAUACUAGUGGCAUUGUUCAUGUACUCUCCGACUGAGAGGUUAGUAUUUGUCGUCUUGGUCAUCUGUCUGAUGUUAUACGUACAGCAAAGACGGGAAAGGAACAACCGAGCGGUACCAGAGAAUCCAGCGGUAAGUUCUGCACUAUAAUAUUGGUUAUCAAAUACUUUUCAUUUCAUUGUUGGUUGUGGUUUUCAUAACGACUAUAAUUCCUACUUUAAAAAUGAAAUUUAUGCUAACUAAAGUUGCUUUCAGCCCCAAAACGUGCCUGAAAACGAGCCAGUUCCUAACAAUGCGAGUGAACAGUCUGCUGAUGACCAGCCUCGGCAAAACGACUUGGCUCCACAAAGUGCAUGGGCGGUCUUCUGGUCUACAGUAGUCUCCUUCUUCAGUUCUUUGAUUCCAGAGAACCAAAUGCCCCUGAAUGUAAAUUAA